GACAAUGAAUUCUGAUUUUCUUUUCUUUCUUUUUCUUUUUGUUUUUUUGCGGGGGGGGGGGGGGACCUUGACAAUGUUCCUUGAUGUUAAUUUUCAUAAUAGCCCUAAGUUUUGAGAUGCACUUAUUGUAUUUGUAACAAUAAAUGGAUUUAAAUGAGUCAUAUUUACAGUGAGUGCUUUUCUAGAAUGGCUUUAAGUCAGUCAGCCCACUUUCCAUUGGAAUAACUUCAGGUAUCCAAAUCUACUGGCAAAAUAAAUAUUUUUCCCUAGGAGUGGUGCUGCUACAUUCUGAAAAAGCAAAAAAGAUCUAUCCAUUAUAGUGGUGUGUAUUACUUCAGCUUUCUCUUAAGGACUAAAUGGUGCAGACUUGACAGAAGAGAUUUCAUUUCUUCAGGUUUUCCAGAACCAAUGCUUAUUUAUUUUAACAUUAUUAAGAGAAACACUACACUGUAAAUUUGUUGCUGAUUUUAAAUCCUUUCUUUUUGGUGCAGGCUAGUAUAGGUUUUAUCCUUCAUGCGCAUGUGCGCAGAAUUCAAUAAUUGUGUGAUAUCUUUAUACUGAUAUCCUGUGGCAUUGAAUCCUCUAACAGUAAACCUCCCAUUUCUCAGGAGCUUAUAGCGUUACAAACUACAGUUGCCCUGACCACAUCUAAUCAGGAAAUUGGGGUGCAACUGAUUGCAUUGAGAAUCGUUAUUCAGCGCAACAGUGGCCAGUUAGAGCAAUGUUUAUAUGGCACUUCCAUUCAAUUUCCUUUAAAAAAAACAUUGCUCCUGCAUACAACGGAAGUUUAUUUUAUUGUACCUCUGGGCCUACUUCUCUUUAAAGUGUAGCGUAUAAAUCUUCCUUUGUCAAGCCUGUAUAUAAAGGAAAUAAUGUAAAGUUAUAUUUUCAUGUUUUUAUACUUACCAACAUGAUGGGAAUACAUAAUGUAUGGGUAUUUCAAUUACUAAUAAUGUUGAUUGGGACAUCUCAUUUUUAAAAGAAGGUAAUCAUAAUUUAAUAUCCAUGUUACAGUACACUGGUAUAUUGCUAUAUAAAGUAUUCUGUGUGCAUUUAAGGGGGGGGGGAGUAGUGAAGAAUGACAACAGCUGUCUAAGGGUUUUUAAAAUUCAUUUUAUAGAAAACUGUUAUGGAACGACCAAAAUGUUUAUGAACUAAUUCUUGUGUAAAUUACAAAAUGUCCUUUACUGUACCCUUUUGUUUACACAGUAUGGUAUCUUUAUUUCUGCUUUGUUAAGUGGGUAUCAGUACAAAGCUGGUCAUACACUUUUAAAGGCUUCUAAAGCUAGGAUCAUUUCCAGUUUCUCAUGUGUACUUAUAUGAAAGCAAAUGCUCCUGAUUUUAUUUUUAAAUCUAACACACAAUGGCUUUUUGAAGUGUUGUACAAAAUACAAUCAUACAUAAAAUUUGUUCUUUUUUUAAAAAGCAGAUAAUUA